AUGCAAAAAACUCCUUUUUUAGGUGUUCUUAGAGUUGAGACUCCUUUCGAACGAGCUCCUGGUGAUUCAGCGAAUGUUGAAUCAUGGAAUUUUCCUGUAAAAAUCAAAAUUCUUAAGGACUCCACGGUUCAUAAAGUUGUUGAUCUCUCAAACGAUUAUCCUCAGGAUUUCAUUGACGGGUGGGUGGAUUUAAUCCAAGAAUUUAUUGACGAAGGUGCGGUUGCGGCUAUCACGUCUUGUGGGUUUUUGAGUGCAAUCCAUCCAAUUUUGAGAAAAAGGUUCCCAGGAUUUCCAAUUGGAACUUCAGCUUUGUUGCAAAUUCCUAUAGCUAAUAAUUUAGUUGAGUUGGGAAAAAGAGUUGGUAUAAUCACCUUCAAUGAGAAUGUUUUGGGGAAGAAACAUCUCAAUGGGGUGGGUGUCGAUUAUGACGUUCCAAUCGUUGGGGUUGAGGAGGGCUGUUCAUUUUAUAACUUGAUCAGGAAAUGUGAUCCUUUUAAUUAUGAAGAACAUGAGAAAGAUGUAGUGGCUGCUGCAAAAAAAUUGGUAUCUCAAUACGACGAUAUUGGAGGAAUAAUUCUCGAAUGUGCCAACAUGGGACCAUACAGACUUGCAGUACAAAAGGCUACAAAUUUACCAGUUUGGGAUAUCAUCACUUUAGGUGACUUUGUUUAUGAUGUAGGUUUAGCUCGUUCUUUUAAUAAAUAG